ACAGGGGUGGAUAACUCUGAAGAUCUACAUGGAUGGAGCUUUUGGCAUUAUAAAAUAUCCAUAAUUUCUACAAAAUUUAAUAUGACUUAUUUUAAAUGAAACCAUAAAAAUGUGCACAAACAUUUUUCUCAGCAGACCCCAAUUUUUAAAAGGACUGUCAUGCUGUUCUACACAAAGUUUUAGACUUUUUUGUGGGAAAUCCACUUCACAAAUAGAGCAUUAUCAUUGCUUAAGGUCAAACAGCCAAGUAAACCAAAGACAGUGCCAGCUGAUAAAUGUAUCAAACAGAUAUUUUAGUAACCAAGUACCAAAGAAUGAAACUAAGAAAGAACUGGAUAUCAAAAGAGAAAGUCCUUAUGCUGGUCUAAGUGCUGCAGCAAAAGUGAAAGAAGCAGGAAAAGAUGCAUCAUAUAUUGCCAUUAUAGUAGCAGGAAUAGGCGUUAUAGGUGUAGUGUUUUAUACUGUUGGAAAAGAAUUAUUUUCAAGUCAAAGUCCUGCAGGUGUUUACAGUAAAGCAUUAAAAAAGUGCCAAAAUAAUGAUGAGGUACUUGAUGUAUUAGGAGAACCAAUUACAGGACAUGGAACCUCAGGUAGCAGGAGACGGAAACAGCAUGUGAGCUCACAAGAAUUUAUGCAAAAUGGUGUUAAACACAUGAGGGUCGUCUUUAAAAUAGAAGGACCUUACAGAAAAGGAACUGUCCAUGUAGAAGUAUUUCAGGAUGAGAGUAAGAAAUACCAGUUUAAGCAUGUAAUAUGUGAGUUACAAGGCUACCCAGCAAGAACAAUUGUUAUAGAAAAUAACCGAUGACAUCAUUGAUAACCUGUGAUUGUUUGUAAGAACUCAGUGAUCAUUUUUAUUCAACCUGGUGUUUUGAUAAAAAAAAAAAAUUAUAUGAAUAGUUUACAAAAGAUUUACUUGUUUUUAUUUAUAAAUCCUUACCUCUA